AUGACUAUUGUUAAUCAAGCAAUUGGAGAACAACGUGAAGUUUUUCGUGAAUUUAUUAAAGCUUCAGUUAAAUCUAGUGAUGAUUUAUUGACCUUUUCAGUUGAUAUUUUAUUUUUCGUUGAAUGUUUUAGAAAUCCUGAUCAAUAUACUAAUGAAGAAAAUUUAUAUUUAUUGACGGACCUUUUGGAAGAAUCUGAAAAGAAUUAUGAAUCAACUAAAGAAUUAAAAAAUAUAAUAUCUAGAGAAACUAUAAGAAAAGAAACUGACGAAACUGAAGUCAGAGAAAAAUUAAAUAAAACUAUAGGAGAAGAUUCAAAAGAAAUUGAUGAAACUGAGCUAAAUAGAAUUCUUGAUGAUGAAACUAUUGGAAUGAAAGAGAAAUUAACAAAAAUUCAUAAUUUUUUACUAAAAUAUAUUAAUGAUAUUAAUGAAUUUCCUCAUAAAAUUGAUUCGGUACAACAAUCCUCAAUUAGAAAGUUGUUGGUUAAGACAUUAAAUUUACUUAAGGAUCAUCCUAUUUAUACAACAUUUGGGACAUUGUUUUUUUUCGGGGCUUCUGCAUUAGCUAGUCGUGUAUUACUUGCUAUAAUAGUUUAUUUAACUGGAUCAGCUGGUAUUUUUUGUAAUGAUGUGGCCAUGAAACAUGAACGAAAUAAUUUGGUUGAGAAAAUAAAUCAAGUUGGUGAUGGUUUAUAUUCAAUUGUAAUAGAAAUUGGUAGAAUAGAAGAUUUUUGGUCUGAACAAAUUGAAAGUAUUAAAUAUCUUAUUGAUAACCUUGCGAGAUUUAAUAAUGAAAAUGCACGUAUUAAAAGAUAUAAAGUUGCUAAUCAAAUUGAAAAAAGAUGGAAAGAUGUGGCAGAGGAUUGCAAAAAUUAUACUAGACUAAUGAAUGAUGUGUUGAGUAAAGAUAGAUUAAGUCAGCCACCAAAAAACUCCGCUUCAGCUACUGCCCAACGUCUCGCGGCUUCUAGUGGCUCUUUGAGUAAUGAUCGUUCUGACUCUUUUUCUGCACCUCACGAAACCACUAAAAAAGCUAAAACAACUCCCGAAGACUCCAUGGGAACCGACCCUAUCGCUCCUGUUACUCUGUCCCUCCUAACUGAAAAUUAAGGUAAGACUUUUACGAAAUGUGUGAAGGAUGAGCAGUGAAAAUUGUAAAAGUGGAGGGAAAAAAAUGGAUUAUCUCUUCCUAAAUUUUUACAAAUGUACAGUAUGUAACUCUUAUUCUAAACA